AUGAAAUUUGGAGGAAUUCUUGGGUUUGACAAUGGAGUCAUGCUAGCACCUAUGGGUGUCGAUAUCGCAGGACCUGAACCCGUUGCUGCUGUUGCCAAUGCCGGUGGUAUCGGACUCAUCGCAAGUCCUGUUAAUGAUUAUGCACUGACUGUGAAAGUGAUAAAUGAUACAAGAAAACUAACGAAUAAACCAUUUGGAGCUGGGAUAUUUUUAGAGUUUGAGCAAGAGAAUACAAUCAGAGCAAUAUUUGAUGAGAAGUUGGCUUGUUUGCAAGUGUACUGGGGUGAUUUUCCAAAAAAAAUGGUUGAUGAAGCUCAUAAGCGUGGCAUUAAAGUUAUCCAUCAGGUUGGAUCAGUGAAGGCAGCUGAAAGGGCAAUAGCUGCAGGAGUGGAUUGUAUCGUAGCUCAAGGUUCCGAGGCUGGUGGUCAUGUUGCUGGUACAGUUUCAUUGACGGCAUUAGUGCCAAGAAUAGUUGAUGCGGUUGGAAAUAGAGGAAUUCCUGUUGUAGCAGCUGGAUCAAUCGCUGAUGCUCGGGGAUACGUUGCUGCCCUUGCACUAGGUGCUCAGGGUAUCAAUGUAGGUACAAGGUUUAUAGCUACAAACGAAGCGUAUGCAAAUGACUAUUACAAACAACAACUGCUUCACUACAACGAGCAACAGACAGACCGUACUGAGUUGUACGAACGUUACAAUUGGAAAGCAGACGUGCGUUGCCUUCGCGCACCUUUCUAUGAACAAUGGAAAAAUGCACCUCACUUUGUACAAAAUGACAACUAUCAACCUAUAGUUGGGAAGACAAUUUUUUUUACCAAGGAAGCAGUUCUUCGAAGAUUCUCCGGUCAAGUAAUGAACCGUCCUACUACCGGCAACUUAGAGGAUAUGGUACUGUAUGCAGGACAAGGAGUGGGUCUUGUAAAUGAUAUUGUUCCGGCAGGUGAAGUGGUUAAAAGAUUUGUUGACGGUGCAAAGGCUAUAAUACAAGGGCUAAGCAAAAAUUAUUUACCAGAGUCCAAGAAAGACAAAGCUAAUGAUCACAGUGAAGACUGA